GUGAGUGCAGCUUUCCCGGUAAACUUCCUCCUCCGUGAGCUGCCACGUCGGAGCUCCAGCCCCCGGCCCUCACUUCCUCCGGAGCCCGCAGCCUGCAGCGGCGGACACACAGCAGCCGAGCGACGCCCGUUAGAAUUAAUUCACGAUCUGCCAUGCCUCCCAGGCUUCCUGUCUAUCUCCUCAUUACUUUGCCAGUUCUCCUGGCGCAGGGGAGCACCACCAGUUCACCUGGGAAGAGCUCUUCUCCCACAGCCAGUCCUCCCCCCCGCCCGCCUCCUCCCCUGGGCGACCCCAGCUGGGCUCUGGGUCUGCGCCUGUAUCAGGCCCUACGCUCUGACCCCAGCUCGGUAAACCCCCUGUUUUCACCUCUGCUUUUGGCCUCCUCACUUGGAGCGCUGGGCGGAGGAGCUGCGGGCUCCACCGCCAACCAGCUCAAAGACCUCCUCAAGACUCCCACCCCCUCCAAGACCGGAGCCCAGGCAGGGGAGCUUCUGUCCGGGGCGCUGAAGAGCUUCGCCAAAGACAACGCGACCGCUUUUCACCUGCACACGUCCUCAGCUGUGUUUUCCAAGCAAGCCCCUGCGAUCACUCAGGCCUUUGUGAAGGACAGCCAGGCCAAGUUCGGGCUGCAGCAUCAGCCACUGGGGAAAGGAGACUCCAAGGCUGACCUGAAGCAGCUCCAUGACUGGGCUAAAGACGGGCUUGGGGGGCUGGAGGCAGCUCCUAUGGAGGCAGAAAUCAAGGCCAAGGCCGGAGCCUUGAUACUGGCUAAUGCCCUGCACUUUAAAGGGCUGUGGGAGAGAGAGUUCAGCGAGGGGAGCACGGAUCCUCGAACCUUCCUGGGGACGAAAUACACCAAAGUGGUGAUGAUGCACAGAGCAGGUUUGUACCGUCACCAUGAAGACAUGGGAAACAUGGUGCAGGUCCUGGAGGCGCCGCUGCGGGGGGGCAAGGCCAGCAUGUUGCUCCUGCUGCCCUUCCACGUCGAGAGUCUGGCCCGGCUGGACAAGCUGCUGACCCUGGAGCUGCUGUCCACGUGGCUGGAGAAGACCAACGUCACCAGCGUGACCAUUUCUCUGCCCAAGGCCAACAUUUCCAGCACAUUCAGUCUGCAUAAACCUCUGCUCGCUCUGGGCUUGACCGAUGCCUGGGACCAGAAGGUGGCCGAUUUCUCCGGCGUGUCCGCCAAGAGCAAAGGGAAGCUUCAUCUGGGCGGCGUCCUCCACUGGGCGUCCAUGGAGCUGGCUGCCCAGGCCGGGACAGGGGAAGCAGAUCUAGAGGAGGAGAACGUAGAAAAUCCCAAGAUGUUCUACGCCGAUCACCCCUUCAUCCUCUUCGUUCGAGACAACGCUACCGGAGCCCUGCUGCUGAUGGGAGCUCUGGAGCACGCGGACGGAGAAGCCCUCCAUGAUGAACUGUAGCGCCCUCUUCCAUGUAUCCCUGUCAUUUAAAAAAAAAAAUCUCCUUCACAAACUUUCUUCGUCAAGACAUUGCCAUUCACUAUGGCAAUGUAUCACAUCAAACUACGUCUGGCUGUCAUACACUGACACUGCAUAGUCUGGAACUUACUGACUGACACUGACACUGACACUGCCAUACCUGACGCCUACUGACACAGUCUCACACACACACACACACGGAGUGACACAUACAUGGCAUACAUAAAUGACAAAUCUGUGUAAGACAAUACGAAAGUUGACAGUUGCAGCAAAAACACUAACUUUGAGGGACUGGUUGCUUUUUCUCUCACACGCACACGCAUACACACACGCACACACACUCUCAAUGAUCUUGCCUACACAAAAGACAAGAGUGCACUGACAAACACCAAAAUGCUGACAAGCAAAAGUGGCUACACUGACACGACACUCACAGCAGCAGCUUUUUUAGCGGACACAAGCUCACACUGACACCAGGACAGGUGAGAGUGUGUGUAUGUGCUGUGUCUGUGUGUCUGUGUGUGUGUGUUUGUGUGUGUGUGGUGACCAGCAUGUUAAGGACGCCCAUGCAGCCUGUCUCAGAGCUGGCAGGGACCUGUGAGGGGGGGUCUCCUGGGCAAGAUCUGAGGAAGACUGAUGGAUCGGCCAAGUGCUUAUUGAUGAGCCAGCUUAAUGCUAAUGGCCGUAAUGAGUCACGACGCGUGUCAACAACACGGAGAGGACAGGGAACCUUUUAAUCUCUUAAUACCAGCGGAGAUCAAUUUCGCCGCGAUGCCGUUGGAAACAAACAUGACUGACAUCGCUUGGCUUAAAUGUAGCGGCUUAAUAUUUAGGACGAUUACAUCAGAGGUAUUGAUUGCCACUUGUGUUUUUGUCCUUUAUAUCGAGCUCCAUGAUGGAUGGAGGAGUGAGUCGACUGAACAGUGUGCAAAACGAUUUUUGAAAUUAUUCUAAAGAUACAUAUUCCUGGGCGUGUUUCUCCGGGCUUCUAUUCUUUUCACUUCAGCUUCACUAUAUUCAUCGAUGUCUCCGCUGAUCUCGAUACAAACCGAUCAAUCAAUGCUGUGCUAUUAGUUUAUAAUACACGAGGCGCUGCCACAGCUCCAUCUUUCGUGACAGCACUUUCUUAUUCCUUUUUUUUGUGUGUUGCUUUUCCCCCUGAACUAAAUUGGCUGACAUUGAGCCUCAAGGGUGUAUGGAAGCAGAUUUAAAGCCCUGAACCAGCGUCAUUUAUUGAAUUUUAAGGGCAACACAUGAUAGACUCGCAGUGCCUGGAAAGUGCAGCAGCAACUUUGUCACCUCGCUCACCCAAGGCUUCCAAACAAGCAAAGCCAGGAUGUGUUUCUACCAUUUCUACUGGUUAAUGAGAAGUAAAACAGAAAAAAGAAUAAGUCUUUUUGCCAUCCCUCUUAAAACAGUGUUACCUUCAGUGUUCUACUUGGUUUCAGGGUUAUGUUGGCUGUCCAUGUGUUUUUCUUCUCUAUGUGGGACAGAAGUGGUGCGCUGAAGGUAAAAGGGAGACGUGUGCUCCAUCAGCCCUGUUAUAGUGCUAACUAACACAGUCUAGACACACAGCUGGUGUGUCACACAGUAGCUUUGUUCCUAAUUUAGCCCUCUGCACAGGUCUGCUCGGCAACAGCGUGUGCUGUGCAUGUGUGUCGGCGUGUGCGUUCGUGUGCGACUAAAGCUCCUACGCUGACCUCUCCGGAGCGGCCUCCUGUGCAGCAGAGGCUUGUAAAGGGCGCCAUGCUGCAGGUCUCCCCCUACGCCGAGCAGAGCCCAGGCCAGACGAGCCGAUGAUGGAGCCGAGGCCGUCCGCUGUGAGCACAUCAAUCCGGCUCGUCCCGACACCAGCUCCCCGCUGCCUCCCCUUCACAUUGUGUUCAGUCCAGAACACUGAUCAGCACACGCACGCCCACAUCCGCUCGCAGGAAGCCAGACAGAACCUGACAAGGAGAUCGCGAGCCAGCCACCUCUGUGAUGUGGAGCAGCUGCAUGUGCAGUGUACCCGACAACGUGGGGUAAAUAACACAACAAUGUGUGUUAUCUUUUUCUUAGAGGAUGAGAACUUUCUCUGCACAAAUGGCGAGUUUGCCAGUUGGUUGUUUGACAAGUUUUUGAAACUCAUUUUAUUUUCUAAUGCGCAUUAAAACUUUAACACAUAGUUUACAACUAAAUUGAUCCCGCACUGGGGAAUUUCACUUGCUGCAGUAGCCCAUGGUCAGUUGGACCACGUGAAAGUGUAAAAAUAGACUUACAAAUGCAAUUAAAUCAAAUCUAAAAACUAGAAUAUAUACAUAAUAUACAGCUUUUACUACAAAGCGAAAUUUGUAGAGAGUUGUUCUUCAGUAAAGUGCAGUGACAGGAUGUUUGGGCGAAGAUGUAAACUGAACUUGUGCAUAAUAUGAGGAGAUAUUGAAAUAAAUGUAUACAUUUGAUCACAUCUUGACGGUUAAAAGGAAGUUUUGGUACAUAGUAUGAAUAUGAGUAUAAACUACAGUGUGCUGUAAAUUCAGCAUUGUAUUCUAAAUAGAAUACUAUAUAUAGUGUGGUAUAAAUGGGUGGAUUUCCCAAUAGGAGGCAGACAUUUAGGAAUAAUAGAAUGGGUAUACGUUUUACAGAUAUAAACUCAUUUAUUGUGUACAAGGACACUACUCUGCCAAAUUACUUUUUAAUCAAAAUAGUCCAAGUAAUGGUGAGAAGAUGUGAUAUGUAAACAGUGAAGCAUUCAUUUUACAUUCUGAAUAGUGUUGUGGAGCUUUCUAAUUUGCAGCCAUUGUUCAGAACGGUACGGUGCUGAAUCACUGGCUAAGUCUUUACAACUCAUGUGAUCAUUCUUAAAAUAAACACCAACCUUGUAUUGGA